GAUCCCAGUUUCAGGCGACCAGCGUGCAGCGUGUCAGACGAUCGGAGUCGCCUCGAGCGAUGGCUCACGACGAGCCAGCGGGUCAGGUGGCCACCCGGCCGCCGGCCACCGCCGUGCCCUGGAGUCGGUGGCCGCCACCCGCCGCCGCCGCCUCGCACGACCAGUUCUUCAGCGUGGUGAAGAAGGCCCGGCCGGCGCCGGCCGGCUCCGCGGCAGCACCGGCUCGGGCUGGACCGGCGCCGGCCGCGCUAGCGGCGGCCGGCGCCAAGCCGCGACCGAAGCCUCGCGCGGCGCCAGGCACCGUGCCGAGGGUAGCGCUCGACCCGGGCCGGCCACGGCCCGCCCUUGCGGCUCCCAAGCCGCGCAUGUCCUGGGAUCUUGACCUGCUGACCGAGGAGCCGGCCGCCGCUGGCAACUUCGCCCACGAGCUGGAACAGUCGCCGACCUUCGUUCAAGCUGAUUCAGAGGACCGGUCAUCGCUGGGCUUGAUGGCCUCGCACCGGGCCGUGCCGCCGCCUUCGGGCCUCUUUAAGACGGCGGCGCCGCCAGCACGGCCGGCACGAGACGGCCCGCCGAGGAGCGGGCGCGGCGGCAGGGCGGCCGGGCAGCUGAGCGCUCCCCGCAAGUACAAGAAGCAGGCGGCUAACGGCGCUGGCCGGCACGUGGACGCCGUUAGCAUCCUCAAUGCCAAGGCCAUGUGGAUGGGAGCCCGGCAGCCGUUCCACAACGACUUGGGCAAGGUGAAGCAGAAGCAGCGCCGUCGCAAGGAGAAGGUGACGGCGGUCCGCGACGACGGAGGAGCGUCGGUCACCGUGUGGCGGCCGCAGGAGGGCGGCCGCUCCACGGCGGCGCCGCAGCCGGGCCGCCAGUCGGCCGGCGGCGGCGUCUCGGCAGUGAAGGGCGCCGCCCCGCCGCAGAGACGGCCGUCCGGCGGCCCGGCCAGCGACGCCCUGCUUACCAGGGCCGAGGCUAAGCCACUGUUUGAGCACAUUGACGAGGACUGGGCUGUCAUCAAGAAGUCUCUGGAGAAGACGGUUCCUAGCAAGGCGGAGAAAACUGGUGAUGCUAAACGUCUGGCGAAAGCGUCUCCUGAAGUACCAUCCCAGUCGCAAGACAAGAACACCAAGCGCCUCGACGGUUCGUCAAGCGACGAUGACUUUGGUAACGACAUCAACGCUCCGCUGCAGAACUUGGAAAAGCUCCAGCAGCAAAUGAUCAAGACUUUGAUGGACGAAGGCGCGCUCAACGCACUGGAGAAGAGUCGAAAGACGCAGAAGCAGGUGCACUUCAUCAAGAAGCGCAAAAAGAUGAGUGAUUACUGGAAAGGCAAGAUUGGUGGCGGGAAGGGGCCGCUGCCGCUGCGGAUCAAGCGGCCUUACACCGUCCGGCCGCUGACAUCAGACAAUGUGAAGCACAUGGAGGACGCGAUCGCAGCUGUGCUGGCCUGGUCGGACGGGGACGGCGGCUCUGACCGGCCGCCAGAGCCGGCCGCCGGUCCACCACCGCCGCCGUCUCCGUCACAGCGGGCACCCCAGCUGCCGCCGGCUCCGGCUACGGCUCCGGCUCCGGCUCAGACUCAGUCUCAGUCUCAGACUCCGACUCGGACUGCAGUAACUGCUCCGGCACCGGCCGGGCGACAGACGGCGCCUCUGACGGCGGCGGACGCCCGGUUGCAGCAGGUGAAGCACGACCUGGCGGCGCGGCUCCGCAGCGACAUGCUGGAACAGGAGGCGCGCGCGCGCGCAAUCCAGCUGCAGAUGGCCGCGAUGCAGCAGUGUGACGCGUUCCUGGCGGGCGGCGGGUCGCCGGCGCCAGCCAUGCACCGGCCCCUCAUCCGGCUGCGUCAGCGGCGGCGGCCGGGCACGCCACACGUCGUCCGCAUGUCUGAGUCGGCCUACCUGGCCGGCGCCACCUUCACCGACGACUGUCUGGCCGAUGACGAGGAGGAGGACGACGGGCUGGUGCCGCCUGUGAGCGAGCCGGCCCUGCCGCGCACCAUGCCCACCGCUAAGCUGAAGGAGUUUCUCGACUCGGCGCGCGUCUCGCGCUACCGGCGCACCUGCAGCAACGGCCUGCUGUCCUCGCCGGAGAUGGCUGACGACAGUCUGGAGCGGAUGGUGUUUGUGUCGCGGGCGACGCUGACUCCGCGGGCGCCGCUGCUCGACCAGAGCCUGCCUGUCGACCCGACCGCCUGGUACGGAGGGACGCUGUCCCCGGAUGUUGGCUGGUACAUGGGUGCGCCGUCUCCCGCCGGCGCCGGCUGGCAAGGCUGCUGGCGCAGCCUGGACCAGUCGCUGUCGGUGGCGGUGACCGGACACUCCUCACCUCGGUCUGCUACCGAUCAGGCGUCGCCGACGAGGCGGCCCGGCCAGCUAUCGGCGUCGUCGGUGUACCACGAGAUCCGGCUGCACAUGGUGGCGGCCGGCCAGUUUCGCUGCCUCGGCUGCCCCAUGCAGCUCGAGAUGAGCGGCGAGCCUGAUCUGCUGGACGGUCUGCUGGAUCACUAUCUGAGGCACGUGGACGGUGCAGGCCGGCUGCACGCUGCCCGUCCCUUCGGCGACCACUCACGCUGCCAGUACUGCGGCCGUGACUUCACCGACCCGGCCUCGUACGGCGUGCACGAGGUGCGGUGUCGCGCGCUGACAUUCACCUGCGGCACAUGUGGCGGCCGGUUCGAGUCUGGUGAGCUGCUCAAGUGGCACGAGCUGGAGCACCUGCGGGCUGCCGACGGCAAGUACUGCUGCGACCACUGCGACUCUAAGUUUGUCAAGCGCGAGCAGUUGCUCGGCCACCGGCGCUUCCACUUCAAGGACAAGAACGUCGAGUGUCCCAAGUGCGGCAAGAAGUUCAUGACCACCGGUAUGCUGACAAUGCAUAACAAGUGGAAGCACUCGCAGGGGCCGUGCCGUUUCUGCGGCCGGCCGUUCACAUCGGCCACCGCGCGCCAAGCGCACGAGGAGCACAUGCACCUGAAGCACAUGAUGCACAUGUGUGACGUGUGCCACUUCCGCGUGAUGGCCGCCUCGCAGCUGCGCGUGCACAAGCGCACCCACUCGGCCGAGACACCGCACCGCUGCCCGGACUGCGAGCAGGCGUUCGUCUCCAAGAACGUGUUGCGCAAGCACCGGGCGCAGCAGCACGCGGAAGAACUGCCCCCGGCGACGGUGGACGGCGGUGCGGCGUCGGACGAGCCGUCGGCCUCCCAGAGCGGCGGCGAGGACCAGCUGACCCUAUCCGACCUGGACACGACCAGCGACGAGGACGAGCGACGCGACCAGCUCGACAUUGAGGCCAAGGAGGCGCUCUUUAAGAAGAAAGACAAGAACACGUUCUCCAUCUGGAGCUGCCCCGUCUGCAAGGCGUUCUUCACCAAGCUGUGGGGUGUGCGCGCGCACAUCACGCUGAAACACCCGGGCGCCAGCGUGCGGCCCGUGCUGCAUGACGACAAGGACACUUCGGCCGCCAACGGCCAAGCGUGA